GAACACGAACGAGCCAAAACCCAGGAAUCAGUGAUUCGAUCGUUCGUCGUCCAUUUCGAUCAGACGACUCGCGCAGUACGAAUCGACUGCCGGGACAAGCAUCCCCAUAAGUACAUACAGUAUAUACACUACACAAAACCAUCCACACGCCACAAGUUCCACAUCCACCAUGAAGAACUUUGGAGUCGGCGCCAUUGCUGGUUGGGUGACAACCGUGGCGGUUGUUUUGAUGCUUGCGGAAUCCUCCUCCGCGUUCGCACCGCACUCGGUAAAGCACCGAACGGUCGGCAAAACCGCGCCAUCGCCGCCGCUUGCGUCUCCGACCUCGAUCGCCUCGGCUCCCGCGGAUUCCGAUUUCGAGAAACCGAUUCCCGUCAGGGACGAAGGUGCUUCCGGUGCGGCAGCAGACGAGAACCGGUACAACGUCGACCUCGAAACCGCCGCCGAUCUCUGGACCGUCUCCGUCAGUGCGGACAACCGGCUGGACCGUGCCGCGGGCGUGCCCUUUCUCGACUCCAAAUCGAAGGACCACUUCGUGGACGAUGUCUCCGUGGUGGUGAGCCGGAACGGAGGAAUGGGAAUCGAGCUGCUGGAACUCGCGGGUGGCCGGGACGACGACUACGGCCUCACGAUUGUGUCGGGGGUGAGCGGCAACGCCGAAAAGGCGGGCGUCAUCGCGGGCGACUCGAUCGCGGGCGUCGAGGUCAACAAGGUGGGCGGAAGCGGCACCAACGUCGAGGAAUCGAGCGAGGCCUUCGACUGCGAGUGCCGGAAUUUCGAUGCGACCAUCGGCCUGCUGGGGUCCUUUCCCCCGGACAUCGAGUCGCUCACCCUAAAAAUCAAGCGCAUCCGCCGGUGGCCAAAGGUCAAGGUCGUGGUGGCCUAUCCCCCCAGCCAGUGCGCGGACGGCGUCGACAACGAAGAAACCGUGGAACUCUUUGCGGGAGAAAACCUCAAGCGGGCCCUGCAAACGCGGGGCAUCGUCUUCGAAGACCGGGACGCCGCCAAGUGCGAUUUCUGUGGUGGGAAAUGCACGGUAUCGAUCGAUACGGGAAUGCAGCUGAUGAGUCCAAAGGGCCUCACAGAGGAGAAGCUGAUGAAAAACAACCCGAAGUGCCGACUUUCCUGCAAGACAGUAGUGGGUUACAACAUGCAAGAGGGGAACGUUCGGCUGCGCAUCAAUCUCAACGAGUGGAAUACCAGUGACAAAGGUGGCUUCAGCAAUCCUUUUGCGAGCAAAUAAUUUUAUUGUGGAUAGGGAAGGACAUCCAGAACGCAAAGGCAAUCAUGGAAUUUUAAUACUAAUAACCGAUUCAGAUUUUGAAGCUAAUAGAAUAAACAGGUCACUGCGGAGUUGCACAGAGAGGCAGAAACUGGCGGCGUUUUGAAUGUUCGCAAUUUGAAGUCCUGUUCUGUUCUAGUUGAUCGAUGGACGAUGCAGUGCGCUUGUUCUUGCAACUAUUGUUGUGGUAAAGAUGAGGUUCUCCAAACCUAUAAGGAAAAGGACUUUGAAACCUUUGAAGAAGAGAACAACAUUACAUGGCCUCACUAAAUAAUAUAAAGUAGC